CCCACCUCCUCUCUCACCCCUCAAGAUGAAGGUUCCCUUCCGGCCGCGACAGCUCAGUCGCGCAACGCAGCGUCUUCUCCGUCCUCAUAACCCACCCUUCAUCUCUCUCCCACGAACAUCGUCGCUAUCACCAACAUCAACACCACACCUCAACCAACAAACAACCCGCCCCUUCAACCUCUCCUCCCUCGCCUCCCUCCUCCCAAACAACAACAACAGCAGCAACAAUGGCGGAAACAACAACAGCGACAGACACCGCACCCUAACCGCAAUCCGCAUCCUCCCCUACGCCCCCACCCCCCUCUUCACAGUCAUCUCCUCCGUCGAAUCCUACUCCGAAUUCCUCCCCUUCCUAACAGCCUCAACCGUCACAGCGCGCGACCCAGCCACCGGUCUCCCCUCGCGCGCCUUCCUCACCGUCGGUUACGGGCCCCUCUCGGAAACGUUCACCUCGCAGGUCGACUGCGACCGCGCGAACUGGACGGUUGAAGCGCGGAGCGGGGCGCGCUUUGGGGUGGACUCGAAGGACGGUCAGAGCCAGAACAGUCUCAGCAGUGUUUUCCCCGGUGCGAAUGAGGGGAUCUUUGAGUACUUGAGUACCCGGUGGGAGUUACUGCCGUUGGAGGAGACGGGGCCCGGUGGACGGCCCCAGACGAGGGUGCAGUUGGAGAUUCGGUUUGAGUUUCGGAAUCAGUUCCAUGCGGCGGUUAUGGGCGCUGUUGAGGGGCAGAUGGCCGGGGCUAUGAUUGCUGCUUUUGAGGGGAGGAUUAGACAGUUGGAGGGUGAAGCUUAGACGGUUUAUUCUUC